GGGCUUGUGAGUUUGACACCCAAAAUAGAUGAAAACAAUGCAGGCCUCACUGUGCUUCGACUUGUGCUCCCAAAGUCACGCAUGGAACCCACGUGGCCAAAGUCCGACCCUCCACCGCGUCAGGCCACCCACCACCACCGUCAGAUUCCCACCACCAAUCUCCGCCGUGGCAACACCUCUAAGGCACCAAAAGACCCACUCAAUGCCACCUGAAAAGGUGGAAGUGUUCAAGUCACUGGAGGGCUGGGCCUCCCAGUGUGUCCUUCCGCUCCUGAGGCCCGUGGAACAAUGCUGGCAACCCCAGAGCCUGCUGCCUGACCCCUCACUCCCAUCCCAAGAUUUCUUCGAUCAGGUGCGGGCCCUACGCGAUCGGACGGCUGACCUGCCCGACGAGUACUUUGUGGUGCUGGUCGGUGAUAUGAUCACGGAGGAGGCGCUGCCCACGUACCAGACCAUGAUCAACACGCUUGAUGGGGUCAGGGAUGAGACCGGGGCCAGCACCAGCCCAUGGGCCGUGUGGACACGGGCCUGGACUGCUGAGGAGAACAGGCACGGGGAUUUGCUUAAGACGUUUUUGUACCUAUCGGGUCGGGUUGAUAUGCUCAUGAUUGAGAAGACCGUCCAGUAUUUGAUUGGAGCGGGCAUGGAUCCAGGGACGGAAAACAACCCGUACUUGGGGUACGUGUACACGUCGUUCCAGGAGCGAGCCACGUUCGUGUCGCACGGCAACACGGCUCGGUUGGCGAAGGAGGGCGGGGAUCCCGUGCUGGCGCGGAUGUGCGGCACCAUUGCAUCGGACGAGAAGCGCCACGAGAACGCCUACGUCAAGAUCGUGGAGAAGCUACUGGAGGUGGACCCCACGGGGGCCAUGGUGUCCAUAGAGGACAUGAUGCGCAAGAAGAUCACCAUGCCGGCCCACCUGAUGUUCGACGGGCAGGACCCACGCCUCUUCGAGCACUUCUCGGCAGUGGCCCAGCGCCUGGGCGUGUAUACGGCCCACGACUACGCCGAUAUUUUGGAGUUUCUGGUCGGACGCUGGGGAUUGGAGAAGCUGGAGGGGUUGUCCGGCGAGGGAAACCGCGCGCAGGACUAUGUGUGCGGGUUAGCGCCGAGGAUUAGGCGGCUGCAAGAGCGAGCCGAUGAAGUGGCAAGGAAGAUGGAGCCGCGUGGCGUCAAGUUUAGCUGGAUUUUCAAUAAAGAGGUCAAAUUGUAAAGAGGUCACUUAUUAGUUAAUGAAAUUUCAUUUUCUCCAAAAGGUGCGUCCGGAUUUCGCAUAAUUGACGUGUCUUUACUCAAAUAAUUUUAUUAUUCGUUUUAUGGGCCCAUCGAAUCUGUAUAAUGGGCACAACAAAUAGGAUGCAGAUUAGAAUGGACCUGGCUACAGGGGCUCAUCAAAUUUACACCCAUCUUGAGUGUAGUGUAUAAUUUCCUAGCAGCAUUAUCUCGCUUUCUAUGAGAAUAUGGCAUAUCAAGAAAUGUGUGAUACUACUCUUUCACACUUGUUUA